CAGACACUUACACAGUAGAUGUGUACGUGUGUUGACUUUUUUAUUCUGGACUUUGAUCAGCACAAUGAUCGUAUUUCUAGUGGAAGCUUUGUGUACUUUAGUACACCUAUUGGCCCUCACUGUCCACGCCGAUGUACAGGUUCCUAUAAAUAGCAAUUGGAAUAGCGGUUUCCAAGGAGACGCUUGCUUUGAUAUCACCAGCGAGCUUCAUUCGUGGAAUAUAACCAUGACCUUUGACCUGCCGGUACUGAGCUUGGAAACAUGGACUGCGGAUGUGGUGGAAAUCAGGGAAGGCGGGAAAGUUUUCGUUCUUCAAAACAAAGAGUGGAACAAAGAGGAGCACGUGGGAGACAAACUGUGCUUAGGUUUUCAAGGUCACACGAAUGGUGACAUGGUGCCCAAGCUUACAGCGUCAAUUAGUGGUCUGCCCAAUGGUGGCAGCAACGACCCAACAACUACAUAUACUUCCAUUGAUGUCACAGUUCCGUUCUCUGACGUGUCCACCACCACGUUAUCUCCAGUCGUGAGGAACAGACUGGUCAUCGACGGGAACCAUUUCACUUACAACGGGAAAAGAAUCUUUCUGUCUGGCGGAAACCUCCCAUGGAUCAGUUACGCCCAUGAUUUCGGCGACGGGCAGUUCCAGUCCAUAAAGAAUCAAUUGGAAGAGCAAUUGAAGAAGCUGCAUGAGGCUGGAGGCAACUCUUUGAGAUUGUGGAUCCACGUGCAAGGGGAGACGAGUCCAGCAUUUGAUAGCAAUGGUAUGGUGACAGGAUUGGAUACAAAGGGAACAUUCCUCGAUGAUUUCAAGGAGUUACUCCGCCUGGCUUUACAGUACAACAUUUUCCUGUUCCCCACCUUAUGGAAUGCAGGAGUUGAUCAGGACCCUCACCACAGACUGGACGGCCUGCUUAGGGACAGUAGCAAACUUCAGUCUUACAUUGAUAAUGCCUUGACCCCGCUAGUCAAAUCAGUCAACGCUCAUCCAGCACUAGGUGGCUGGGACAUAAUGCAUGAACCGGAAGGGAUGCUAAAUCCGGAUGUGAACAACGAUGAGCCCUGUUUUAACACAACCUUCUUACUUAACAGUGGGGUUGGAUGGGCCGUGAAAAAAUACGACUAUGAACAAAUUUUAAGAUUUCUGAACUGGCAAGCUGCUGCUAUAAAAGCUGUAGACACAAACAAUAUUGUUAGUGUUGGCGUGUGGAAUCCAAAAUCAAACACUGACCAGUUCGGAAUGUUUGAUUUUUACUCAGACAGCUGUCUGGUCAAAGCUGGAGGCAAACCUUUGGGUGUAAUGGAUUUUUUUCAGUACCACUCAAAUUCCUGGCAUGGUGUGUUUGAUGACGUGUCACCAUUCAAACACUCGUCUUCAGACUACAAAGUGAACAAACCAAUUCUCAUCGGUGGAUUCUGGGAGACAGAUGGUGGCGGUAUGACCAUUACACAGAUGUUUGACUAUGUGUACAAACACGGCUAUGCUGGAGCCUGGAGUUGGGAUCUCCUGGGCGAGGGGGAUAGCCAGAGGGCAGCUAUAGCACAUAUCAAAGAUUACACUGACAAUGGCCAAAUACCUAUAGUCCUCCAAUGAAUUAGGGCUUAAUAAUGGCUGAAUGUUUUUCUGUCACAUAAAAGCGAUGUUAUUUAGAAGUAAUUGGCUUUACAAACAAACCUCCUCAUGCACUAUAAAUAAACUAACUCUUGUCUGUAUUUCUUACAAUAAAUGCAAUUUUAAAUGUG